UCUUUAAGAUAAUGUUACACCGGAAGUGACUCUCACAUUGCUCAGUCAGAGUUGAAAGGUUACUAAAGUUGGUUAACGGCAGGUUAAGCUAGCAGCUGCACAACAAGCCUCUCACAGAUAUUAUAGAAAAAAUGUCAGAAGAAAACGCAGAGAUUACCAUUCCAUGUGUGGUUGUCACUAGCUGUGAUAGUGCUUUUAAAGAAGAAGAGCUGAUAAAACAGAUCAUCAGUUCGAGCACUUUGCCUGAGCCGACCAAGAGAGAAGAAUCAGUGGCCUGGUAUCCAUGGACCAUCAACAACAAAUAUUAUACAGCAGAUGUCAGGCUAUGUGUUGUACCAAGCACUUUUCAAAUGUCAUCGGAGAUUGCCCAGUCCAUGCAGGCUUUCAUCGCUUAUUUUGACAGUACAGUGAAGGAUGGUCUGGAAAAGCUACAUCCUUGGAUAUCAGUGGUGGAAGAUCUUGCUCCAGAGGUUCUCAUUCUGGUGUGUGACAGAGUCUGUGAAAAUGGUGUCACCAGGCAUGAAGCACAACAGUGGUGUUUGUCUCAUGCCUUUGAGCUGGUAGAGCUCAAUCCACAGGAUUUACCAGAUGAGGAUGAUGACUUUCCAGAGUCUACAGGAGUAAAGAGAAUUGUCCAGGCUCUUAAUGCCAACGUGUGGACCAGUGUGGAGAUGAAAGAUGGACACAAUCAGGGAUUUGGUCUGAUGAGCAGUUUGGUGGCCUCUAGACACAACAACCCACACUCACACAGCCGCCAAGAUCCUGCAUCUGCCAGCCUGCCAGUAGAGGGCUCAUCUGUUAGCGAGGAGGCUGAGCAUACAGAAAGUAUCACGAACACAGACACACCAGGAGACACAGUAGUUGAUGCAAUGACUGAUUUGGACAUUCAGGAACUUGCUAAUCUCACGGCUGGAGAUGCAGAUGUGGAUAACUUUGAGCGCCUCUUUACCAAAUUAAAAGAGAUGAAAGACAAAGCUUCUUCAAUGCCUCAUGAGCAGAGAAAAGUUCAUGCAGAGAAGGUAGCAAAAGCAUUUUGGAUGGCUAUCGGUGGCGAUGACGAUGAGAUAGACGGGUUAUCAUCGGGUGAAGAAAGCUAAAAGUAGCUCCCUGUGACUCUUUCCCCUGAUCCUUCUACUUUCCUGGAGCUCCCAAAAGAUCCAGCGCCCUUUGACUUGUUUUUUGCACCUGGAAGGUGGAGAUGCUUACUGAUGGUCGUGUAAGCAGAGUCAUGUUUAGAAACUUUUUGAUUCUUAAAAUGAAGUGAUUGCAAUACUGAUGUAUAGUGAGAAACAGUUGAUUUUCUUGAUUAGGGAGAGAAGAGAGCCAAUGGACAGACCUGACCCCCAGUCUUCUCCCCUGGGUCCCUCGCUAUGCUUAAAGCCCUGUGUGAACCUCAUUACAUAAUGUUGUUACAGGUGAAAUAUCAAAAUUAAAUCAUGUGGGCUUUAUCUAUAUGUCCUUUAGGUACAGUUGUCACAUAUAUUUGCAAGUGACAUAAUGUGCCUUAUCCUUAGUAAAGUUGUAAGACAUUUAAUGCACAUUCUGUUGAAUCAACAUAAAGACUUGUGAUUUUAAA